AUGUUGAAAUCAGAGGUGACUAGAGUUUCUGGUCCGACGACAUCAUCACGUCGUCGUUCAUCAUCAAAUUCACCUCGUUAUGAAAAGUCAUCUAAACGGUAUCGUCGAACGCCAACUCCAUCAUCAGAAUCAAAUGAUGACGAUGAUGAUUAUGAUGAUGAACAUGAAGACAAACGAAAGAACGAUGAUGAAGAAGAAGGUGAAGUACGAUCAAAAACAACUUCAAAUGCUCCUCCAAAACAAACAACACCUGCUGCACCACCACGUACUGGAGGUCUUUAUAUGCCACCAGCUAAACUUCGCCUCUUACAAGCAUCAUUAACUGAUAAAUCAACACCUGAAUAUCAACGUAUAGCUUGGGAGGCUUUAAAAAAAACUAUUAAUGGUCGAGUCAAUAAAGUUAAUACAUCAAAUUUAGCAUUAAUCAUUCGUGAAUUAUUUAAAGAUAAUAUUGUUCGUGGUCGUGGUCUACUAGCUCGUGGUAUUAUUCAAGCACAAUUAGCAUCACCAUUUUAUACAUCGGUUUAUGCUGCAUUAGUUUCUGUUCUUAAUACGAAAUUUCCACAAAUUGGUGAAUUAAUUGCUAAACGUCUUAUAUCAUCAUUUCGUCGAACAUAUCAACGAAAUGAUAAAAGUAAUUGUUUAGCUGCAACAAAAUUUAUUGCACAUCUUGUUAAUCAAAAUAUUUUACAUGAAAUAGUUGCAUUACAAAUACUUGUACUUUUACUUGAAAAUCCAUCUGAUGAUAGUGUUGAAUUAGCUAUUGGAUUUUUAAAAGAAUGUGGACAAAAAUUAUUACAAGUUAGUCCACGUGGAUUAGAUUCAGUAUUUUCAACAUUAAGAAAUUUACUUCAUGAAUCAUCAUUAGAUAAACGUACACAAUAUAUGAUUGAAGUUUUAUUUGCUGUACGAAAAGAUCAAUUUAAAGCUAAUCCAGCUAUUCCACCAGGUCUUGAUUUAGUUGAUGAAAAUGAUCAAUAUACACAUAUGCUUACAUUGGAGGAUCCAUGUGAACCUGAACCAAUGCUUGAUGUAUUUAAACAUGAUCCAGAAUAUGAAGAAAAUGAAAGAAAAUAUAAAGAAAUUCGAAAAACAAUUCUUGAUGAAAGUAGUGAUGAUGACGAUGCAUCAAGUUCUGGUUCAUCUGAUAGUGAUGAAGAAAAUGAUGGAAAAAAAGAUGAUGUUGAUGAAGAAGAACAGGAAGGUGGUCAAGUUGCAAAAGAGAAACAAGAAACAAUUAUUGAUCAAACUGAAACAAAUUUAGUAACACUUCGUCGUACAAUAUAUUUAACAAUUCAAUCAAGUAUUGGUGCUGAAGAAUGUGCGCAUAAAUUACUUAAAAUGAAUUUACGUCCUGGACAAGAAAUGGAAUUAUGCCAAAUGAUUCUUGAUAGUUGUGCACAACAACGAACAUAUGAACGUUUUUUUGGUUUACUUGCUCAACGUUUUUGUUUAUUAAAAAAGGAAUAUAUUGAAUGUUUUGAAAAAGUUUUUCAAGAUCAAUAUGAAAUCGUUCAUCGUCUUGAAAAUGUUAAAUUAAGAAAUGUUGCAAAAUUUUUUGCACAUUUACUUGUUACAGAUGCCAUUUCAUGGGGUGUACUUCGUUGCAUUCGUUUAACUGAAGAAGAUACAACAUCAUCAUCACGUGUUUAUAUAAAAAAUUUAUUUUUAGAAUUAUCUGAAUUUCUUGGUUUAACUAAACUCAAUAAUCGUUUAACAGAUCCAACAUUAGCAGAAUAUUUUGAAGGUCUGCUUCCUCGUGAUAAUCCAAAAAACACUCGAUUUUCAAUAAAUUUUUUUACAUCAAUUGGUCUUGGUGGAUUAACAGAUGAAUUACGAGAAUUUUUAAGAACAAAUCCAAUACCAGCUCCACCUGUACAAACAGCAAUGCCUAUUAAAACUGAAACAAAAGAUGACGAAGAUGAUCAUAAAGAUUAUGAUCGUAUUCAAUCUCGUGCUCAUGAACUUCAACUAGAACAACAAAAAGCAAAAAAACAGCAAGAAGAUAAAAAUAUAAAGAAGAAGAAGAAGAAGAAAACUAAACGUUCAACAUCUACAUCAUCAUCUUCAUCAACAUCAUCAAGAUCAUCAUCUUCAGCUUCUCGAUCACCACCACCACCACCACCACCGCGUUCAUCAUCAUCAUCUCGUAAUCAUCGUGAAGAGCGUCAUGGACAUGAUAACAAUGGCAAAGGUGAACGACAACAACGAGAUCGACGAUAUGAAAGUCGAGAAAAACACCCAUCUCCUGAUCGACAUCGUCAUCAUCAUAAAUCAUCAAAACGUUAA